AGUCACUUGCGGUCUUGCAUCAAAGCUAUUGUCUUCACUGGGUAGCCAUACCAGGCAAACAGAACCACCUGAUAUCGAUAAGCCAAUUGGGCUAUCACCUUCCUUGUUCUCCUUAUUCUUGCAGCUUGAGCCACCGCAAUUCGGUGCAACAUCAGGAAGGGUCACAUCUACCUUCAGUCUGCUUGUUUUCCGGGCGAACCCCUAAUCGAGUUCGCCUUAGAACUGUGGUCGAACACCUGUGUAUGGCCGGGGAUGGGCUGAGUGAUUUAGGGUUAUCGUUCCAGCCACACCAAAAUACUUUCAAAAUACUUGCUAAUAUUUAGCCUUCUCGUCGUAACAGCAUUCCUACUAGGUGACUUCGUGACGGCGGGUAUUUUGUUUCAAAUGUUUCCCUGGCAUUACUCUAUUCGAGAAAAAAGCCUUUUGUUAACAAUUUCAGAUAAUUUGCAUCUUCAGGUAAUUGCGUUAAAUUGACAACUUUUCUGGUGACGUGGUUCAACAAACUACCCGUGAAGAUUGCCAUAUUUGCAGCCCAAUUUCUGACUUGUUGAACUUUGUGAUUGAAAACAGUUAACAUCAGCCUGAGAAGUUUCCGGACGGAAUUCGAUAACGGGACACAAGUCUAACGGACUGGUCCCAAUUGCUUGCUAGCGGAUGAUCAACUUCGUCUACUCUUCAAGAUAUCGGUUAGUUUGUUUGCUAGCAUGGAAGAUACACCAACCGAUGCUGAAAUGGAUGAUUCGACGUCUAGAAGGAAUCGGUUGAGUUUUAGUUUCUCGGAGUCGUCUGAGCCGAACAGCUUACGGAAACCGGUCCAACUAUGGAAGCAUGCCCUGCACAAAAUACGUUCGAUCGACUUGGAUCCUUGGGUUGACUUUCAUACUCACAAUCUCACUACCCGUCCCGCUGUCCGACAUCGAUAUAGUGCGAUAAAAAAGAAAUGGGUUGUGGAUGAGAUUCAGGUCAAGAUGGAACAAACCCCUUUUGAUCGUGGUGCAAUGCGCGAAUGUUUUCGUCUUAAAAAGUUGCCACAAUCAGGACCGCAUGCGGGUGACUGGCACUUUGCUUCAAACUAUGUGGCAAAACGCUACAUAAAUCACGUUGACAAACGGGUCUACUUUGACGACGUGCGCCUUCAAAUGGAAGCAAAAUUGUGGGGUGAGGCGUUCAAUCGACAGAACCCACCAAAAAAGGUUGAUAUUUUUCAACUCUCCAUUCUGGAAAUACGUGAAGCAGACAAACCUUCACAGGACAUAUCGUCGAACAUCGAGGAUGUUGCAUGCUUCUACCAUAUAGAACGGUUCAUGGAAGGCGAAUACCGAAAAUACAACUCUAAUACCGGUUUUGUCGAUGAGCAGCUGCGCAAUACACCCCAGGCUUUCAGUCACUUCACUUUUGAGCGUUCCGGCCAUCGGUUGUUGGUGGUUGAUAUCCAAGGUGUGGGUGACCUUUACACGGACCCUCAGAUACACACCGCUGAUGGUGUCGGAUAUAGUGACGGUAACCUCGGUCCUCGGGGGAUGGCACUUUUCUUCCAUAGCCAUCGGUGUAAUCCACUGUGCGAUUAUCUUGGCCUCACAGCAUUUGACCUGCCACCAUCAGAAUUGAACCGUGAGAAGCAUACUGUCGAUACGAGCGACAAAACCCCAGCUAGUCCCAAGCACCAGUUGAUUGGUCCACACAUUACGUCGGAAAAUGGCUGGAACGAAGCCGACUGUCCUACGCAUGUGUGCGAUGCGAAAGAGUUUUCCCGUCGCCCAUCGAAGUUCAUUCCUAAGGAUGGAUUUGGACGCCGUCGCCGUUGUGUAAGUUUCAACCAACAAUCCAGCCCAUCUUCCCCGCGUUUCGGCCCAACUGUGGCUCGGUCUACUGAAAAUAUGCACUUUCCUGUGCCAUUGCACCCAAGACGUCGUGCAGACAGCCUAUCAAUCUUUACAGAAAACCAGAUAUCUAACCAGCUUGCUCUACUUCUGUAUAAUAGUUCAUCGCACGGCAAUCUUUUGGACGAUGAAGCGUCAUCUCAGAAUGCAAUACCUAGUCCCAAGCUUAUUGAUGUUCAUCACGCGCCACCUAUCGAGGAUCACGCAUCAAAUUCAGUCAUCACUGGACAUCCGUCCCCGAACAUAUGGGCAUCAGUUCAUAUCAACGAGCACUUCCCAAGACCCCUGUUUGCCAUAGAAUCUUCCUAUCGGUCACGAACUACACGCAAUCGCAUUGCUUCCGGUGAUUCUGGUUACUCCGGUCGCAUACAGUUCGUCACGCCGCCCUCUUCCGCUGAUUUUGAAACACACAUGUCGAAACUUGGCCAAGCCUUCUUUUCCUCCAGCUUCCUCUCCGAGGCUGCCGUACCGCCGCGCGUUCUUUCCGAAUCAACCGUUUCUCUGAACGGCUGGUCGUUGCCCCCAUCGCCCGGUGGUUUUCCUUCCUAUCACAUACCUCCCAACAUUCCUGGAAAUGGAUCUAUUUUCAGUAGCCGUGGUGAUGAUUUUGUUGCCACCGUAUCAUCCAUGGGUCACCCUAGUUCAGUUGGUUGGGGUCAUAUCAACCAUGGAAUUUGUGGCAAACUAGGUGGAGCUUUGGUACCUCGUCGACAUCGAAAUCCCAGUGAGUCGAGUGAUGUGGAUGCGGAAGAAUCUCACCGUCUAGUCGGCAAUCUGCUACACCAGCUGAUGCACGAAAGUCACAAACCUAGCUGUGCAGACCAUCCGACAAAUCUGGACCAGGAAAUAGGACAGUCAAUUCUUGGCCAGAUCCACCACGAACUAGCUCGGUUGCAUGAGGCCGGACGCUUCGUUCCCGGUUGCAAAGGUGGUUGGUCGCAUGCAGGUUUAGGUGGCUUGGCGCUUACUAGCACUACUGCUGAUAGCUUGUCUGGGGUGUCUGAAGAAGCGCCGUCCCCAGUCAGUGAUCCCGACCACUCAAUCGAUUGGGAAGCCGUUUUGUUCCACGAACGGCACGCUGCCCAGUUGGGAUGUCUCGAGGCAAUGAUUGUCAUGGCGCACUAUUAUCUCGGCCUUCCCACACAACUGAUGUUUGACUGUCCGAUCAAGCCCAAUCAGAGCGAUCUACGCUCCGGCGUUGACUAUCUUUGGCGUGCGGCUGAAGGUGGUGAUCGGAGAUGCAUGAUUUUGCUCGCUCGUUACCUGGAUCUAUCGGCUACCUUAUUCGAAUCCGAGAGCAAACAGGACAAGUCAAUUCCACUUGAUGACUUUGUACUGCUUCCCGCCUUGCAGACGGCUACACUUGAUGCGUUACCAUCGAUAUCCCCAGACUCUUGGACCGAAGCGAUCACCUGGUAUCAAAAAGCCGUUAAUACUGCGAAUGGAACUGCUUCUUCUGACGGUACUACGGAUGAAGGUCUAGAUGCGGAGGGCCGUUACGAUGCGGCGGAGGACUUACUGCCGGUGUAUCGGAUUCUAGCACGAAUGGCCGAAAUGCAUACAGUCGGAGGGUUCGGUUUGAAAAAAGAUUAUAAUGCAGCCGGUGAUCUGUUCAACCAGGCGGGCGAACUUGCUUCCUCCUGCAGACAGGGCCGUCUCGCUGCCAAGUACUUCGAACUGGCUGAGGAAUCUUACAGCAAAGUUGAAUAAACCACCCUUUAUCGUAGUCCGUCCGUGUGCUAUGCUUGCUCAUUGCCGCCAACCGUAUAUAUAUACGUUGACUUCAAUAUUCGUUGUUACGUUGACCCGGUACCUUUGCCCCUGUCCUGUCUCAGGUGUCUUUAACCUGUAGUUUUUUUUCGCGAUUUGUGCCUUAUAUACAUCGCUCGCCCAUCGACUGUUGUGUUUGGUAACCAACAUUCAUUCGUGAUACCUCUCGACAGUUUGCCUCGAACACGUGUGUACCAUCGCCCAUUAUUUCUAACUUCUGUUUCGACUCAGUUUACCGGUGCUUGCCUUACGUCCGUUUUCCAGUGCGCAUCAAUACACAUU